AUGGAGCGACUCUUCUCCUUUAAUUCCAUACGACCGGAUUCAAAAUUAUUUAUUUCAGAAUUCUAUUUAGCUGGAGAACCAUUGCGAUUCUUAUAUGGGUUGUUCUAUACUUCUCAAUUUUCAACUUGGCAAAAAUUUGCUGACCAGCGAGAGCUCAAAUUUGGGGACUAUAUUCGGUCAACCACGGUGAUCUGUACUUGGGAGAUAGAGUCUACGGUUUCUUCAUUCAAGGAAGUUAAGCCACCAGUGGAGUCAACUGAAAUUCCUGCUUCAAUAGUCCAAGAAGAAUCCGAUGGUGAUCUGGAGGUGGGAUCGUAUAAGUCGGCAACGCACACACCCAAAGAGUCAAGAUUUGAACUGAAAGGUAAAGCCUCUGAACUCCAAGAUAGUUCAGAUGUGGAAGUUGAAAAUUCGGAUGAAAAUGAUACUUCUCGUGGAGUACUUUCUGUGAACUUAAUUGAUAAUGGUGCUGACUUUGUGCAAGAAAUUGAUGAAUAUGAGAAAUUGUCUGGAUAUAGAUCAAUGUGUCUCAGUCCAGUCGAUGAUUACUUGCUUUACUAUUCUAUAGUUGAUGAUGAACUGUUGAAUUGUGUUGAUGAUAACGUUGCCUCUUUAGAGAAUUCGGUUGAUGCUUCUGUGAAUUGCAAUGAAAAGGGUGAAUUUGUGCGUUCCUAUGAUUUUGAAAAAUUCUUACAUGUGGAUCUCGAGGGAAAUGAGUGCCCUGUUAACGUUGUCGUGGCAGAUGAGCUUAUGUAUUCUGAUGAUGAGCAUUUGAUUGCUGAUGAUUGGUUGUCAUGUGGUGUGUUUAACCCCUUUGAAGAUAGUACUGGAUUGCUAUGUUGUAUUAUUAAGGGUUCAUUUGAUCUUGUCAAGUGGGAGAAAUAUAUUGAGAGUUCUAUGUUUGUUAAAGGGUCAUUUUUUGAUGAUCCGGGUGGUCUGAAAAUCAACUACUGUGAAAGUGAUUGUGUGACUAUAGAGCCAAAAACGUUAGAGAUGUCAGAAUAUGCUAUUGAUGCUAAUGUGUUUAGUCAUUUUAAAAACAGUAAUGAAAUGCAUUUCAACUAUGAAGAUCGUGGUGUUAAUCAACCUACCGCUGCUUAUGAUGCAAAAUUUACUGUACACAGACUUAGUGAGGAUGAUCUUAAGAGUCUUGAUAUGUUUCUAGUUGCAAAAAGUGAUACUGGUGUACUGGGAACUAGUAUUGGGUUAUAUGGAGUAGGAACCGGAACUCAUGCGACUGUGGAGUAUAAAGCCACCAAUAUGAAUGCUGAUUUCCUGGUCCAUACGGGAAUUUCCUUACUCUCGGUUCAUAGAAAUCUUGUUGGUUGCAACAGUGGGGUAAACGAAGUAUUCCAGUCUUCGAAUGACGUGGUUUUUUGUAUUUCGGCUGCACUGUUACAUAAGUUUUCGAACUCUAAACUGACUGAGUCGAACUGCAACAAUGUUGAUGCUGAUUUAGAAGGUCUUACUGAUGCUUCUUCAUUGUCUACUGAUGACUCGAUCGCUGAUUUUGUGGUUUUCCAUGAAAUAAUGAUUGCUGAAAAAUGGGGACGCGAAAUAAGUAAUGGUUUGCAACGUCUUGUAACUGGAAAAAGUUGUAGUUUUGUUAUUGACCCUGGUGAUCAGUUAAUAACGCCGAAAGGAUUUUGUGAAAUAUUCCCAAAAAGAGAACUGCAAGCUAGAGAAUUCUGCCCUAAUUUAAUUCAUAUUGAUGUUAUCUUUGUUCUUCUGGGUGAAUGGAACGAUGUUGUGAUUAAUCCUGCCUAUAGUUGUGUUCUGGUGGUCAUUCUUCUCAUAUCAGUUGUUGAUGCUCCGUCAAGUGUUAUAGGGACCAGUGUGGCUGCUCCUAAUACUGCAAGGCACAAGCUACACUCUGAAAUUGGUUUCCACCUUCUAGGCUUGAGGUCAAGCCUUACUUUAGUGGGAGAGGAGGUACGAAUUCCUAGGUCUUGUGUUAAUGAAGUUGUAGGUUCAGUGAAUAUUGCUAAAUGGUUGAAUUGGGUUAAAAGACCUACUUGUUUCAAGGGUGGAACUACUUCUUCCGAAUUAGAAACAGUAGCAUUUAGUAGAGUUUUUUAUCUCGAUUUAUUUGGGAACUAUCAAUAUGCUGUUAGAGAAGUUGGAUUGAUUAAUACCUCUGAGAAUUGCAAAAUGAAGCAAGUGUUUUUCUUGAAGAAGUUUUCUUGGGUUUGCUUCUAUGCUGCUUAUGAUGGCUGUUGCAUCGGUGGGUUGGAUGACUGUGUUGGUGCUGUCAAUCCAAUCAGCAGUAAAGGUCAUGAUGUAACGCACACACCCAACGAGUCAAUCUUUGACCUGAAAGGUAAAGCCUCUGAACUCCAAGAUAGUUCAAAUGUGGAAGUUGAAAAUUCGGAUGAAAAUGAUACUUCUCAUGGAGUACUUUUUGUGAACUUAAUUGAUAAUGGUGUUGACUUUGUGCAAGAAAUUGAUGAAUAUGAGAAAUUGUCUGGAUAUAGAUCAAUGUGUCUCAGUCCAGUCAAUGAUUACUUGCUUUACGAUUCUAUAGUUGAUGAUGAACUGUUGAAUUGUGUUGAUGAUAACGUUGCCUAUUUAGAGACUUCGGUUGAUGCUUCUGUGAAUUGCAAUGAAAAGGAUGAGCUUAUGUAUUCUGAUGAUGAGCGUUUGAUUGCUGAUGAUUGGUUGUCAAGUAGUGUGUUUAACCCCUUUGAAGAGCCAAAAACGUUAGAGAUGUCAGAAUAUGCUAUUGAUGCUAAUGUGUUUAGUCAUUUUAAAAAAAGUAAUGAAAUGCAUUUCAACUGUGAAGAUCGUGGUGUUAAUCAACCUACCGCUGCGUAUGAUGCGAAAUUUAUUGUACACAGACUUAGUGAGGAUGAUCUUAAGAGUCUUGAUCUGUUUCUAGUUGCAAAAAGUGAUACUGGUGUACUGGGAACUAGUAUUGGAAAUCUUGUUGGUUGCAACAGUGCGGUAAACGAAGUAUUCCAGUCUUCGAAUGACGUGGUUUUUUGUAUUUCGGCUGCACUGUUACAUAAGUUUUCGAACUCUAAACUGGCUGAGUCGAACUGCAACAAUGUUGAUGCUGAUUUAGAAGGUCUUAUUGAUGCUUCAUUGUCUAUGGAUGACUCGAUCGCUGAUUUUGUGGUUUUCCAAGAAAUAAUGAUUGAUGAAAAUGGGGACGGGAAAGUCAAUAAGGGUAAAUUCCUCUAUUUUGAAAAUAUUGUUCUAAGUGGAGUCAAUGAAGAAAAAGGACAUGUUCUUCAUGAAUUUGAUGAUUAUGUUAUUCCGUAUCCUGAUUAUAACGUUAGUGUUGCUGGUUUGCUGCUUGGUGAUGCGUCGAGUGGUCUGUUGAUGGAUAAUGCCAAGGAUCCUGAGUUUUUGAUUGAAAUUGAUAAAAGAAUGGCAGUAAGUAAUGGUUUGCAACGUCUUGUAACUGAAAAAAUUUGUAGUUUUGUUAUUGACCCUGGUGAUCAGUUAAUACAGCCGAAAGGAUUCUGUGAAAUAUUCCCAAAAAGAGAACUGCAAGUUAGAGAAUUCUGCCCUAAUUUAAUUCGUAUUGAUGUUAUCUUUUUUCUUUUGGGUGAAUGGAACGAUGUUGUGAUUAAUCCUGCCUAUAGUUGUGUUCUGGUGGUCAUUCUUCUCAUCUCAAUUGUUGAUGCUCCAUCAGGUGUUAUAGGGACCAGCGUGAUUGCUCCCAAUACUGCAAGACACAAGGUACACUCUGAAAUCGGCUUCCACCUUCUAGGCUUGAGGUCAAGCCUUACUUUAAUGAGAGAGGAGGUACGAAUUCCUAGGUCUUGUGUUAAUGAAGUUGUAGUGGGGCUUAGUGAGAAUGUUUUGUCUGAAAGUGGUUCUUGUGCAUUUAGAAAUCAUGGUUUUAUUCUAUAUUUUUGUACAAGAAAAUGUUAUAAAUCUUGGUCUGAAAGUGUCUCUAGUUUCAAGGGGGGUACCAUUGUGAUACAUGUGAAUUCUCCUUGUAUUAUUAUUGCUAGAAAUGAGAACAAGGAUUUAAAACUAGAUAGAAAUGACCUUAUGCAGUAUGAACCAGAAAUAGGUUCCGUAGUUAAUAUUGAAGCAAUGUGUUUAUGGGAGGCUGUUGCAUCUGGUGGGUUGGAUGACUGUGUUGGUGCUGUCAAUCCAAUCAGUAGUAAAGGUCAUGAUGUAACGCAUACACCCAACGAGUCAAGCUUUGACCUAAAAGGUAAAGCCUCUGAACUCCAAGAUAGUUCAAAUGUGGAAGUUGAAAAUUCGGAUGAAAAUGAUACUUCUCUUGGAGUACUUUUUGUGAACUUAAUUGAUAAUGGUGCUGACUUUGUGCAAGAAAUUGAUGAAUAUGAGAAAUUGUCUGGAUAUAGAUCAAUGUGUCUCAGUCCAGUCGAUGAUUACUUGCUUUACAAUUCUAUAGUUGAUGAUGAAUUGUUGAAUUGUGUUGAUGAUAACGUUGCCUCUUUAGAGACUUCGGUUGAUGCUUUUGUGAAUUGCAAUGAAAAGGGUGAAUUUGUGCGUUCCUAUGAUUUUGAAAAAUCCUUACAUGUGGAUCUUGAGGGAAAUGAGUGCCCUGUUGAUGUUGUCGUGGUAGAUGAGCUUAUGUAUUCUGAUGAUGAGCGUUUGAUUGCUGAUGAUUGGUUGUCAAGUAGUGUGUUUAACCCCUUUGAAGGUAGUACUGGAUUGCUAUGUUGUAUUAUUAAGGGUUCAUUUGAUCUUGUCAAGUGGGGGAAAUAUAUUGAGAGUUCUAUGUUUGUUAAAGGGUCAUUUUUUGAUGAUCCGGGUGGUCUGAAAAUCAACUAUUGUGAAAGUGAUUGUGUGACUAUACAGCCAAAAACGUUAGAGAUGUCAGAAUAUGCUAUUGAUGCUAAUGUGUUUAGUCAUUUUAAAAACAGUAAUGAAAUGCAUUUCAACAGUGAAGAUCAUGGUAUUAAUCAACCUACCGUUGCUUAUGAUGCAAAAUUUAUUGUAGACAGACUUAGUGAGGAUGAUCUUAAGAGUCUUGAUCUGUUUCUAGUUGCAAAAAGUGAUACUAGUGUACUGAGAACUAGUAUUGGGUUAUAUGGAGUAGGAAUCGGAACUCAUGCGACUGUGGAGUAUAAAGCCACCAAUAUGAAUGCUGAUUUCCUGGUCCAUACGUACUCUCGGUUCAUAGAAAUCUUGUUGGUUGCAACAGUGGGAGUCAAUGAAGAAAAAGGACAUGUUCUUGAUGAAUUUGAUGAUUAUGUUAUUCCGUAUCCUGAUUAUAACGUUAGUGUUGCUGGUUUGCUGCUUCGUGAUGCGCCGAGUGGUCUGUCGAUGGAUAAUGCCAGCUUGAGGUCAAGCCUUACUUUAGUGGGAGAGGAGGUACGAAUUGCUAGGUCUUGUGUUAAUAAAGCUGUUGGUAAAGUUGGGUAUUUGAAUGAUACUCUUAAGCUGCUCUUCCAAAAUACUCUUGUUGAUAUCAUGUGUGAAUCUCCCUUGUUUACUGAAGUUAAUUUGAAUCACGAUAGUAAUACAGGUUCAGUGAAUAUUGCUAAAUGGUUGAAUUGGGUUGAAAGAACUACGUGUUUUAAGGGUGGAAUUGCUACUUCCGAAUUAGAAACAGUAGCAUUUAGUAGAGUCUUUUAUCUCAAUUUAUUUGGGAACUAUCAAUGUGUUGUUAGAGAAGUUGGAUUGAUUAAUACCUCUGAGAAUUGCAAAAUGAAGCAAGUGUUUCUCUUGAAGAAGUUUUCUUGGGUUUGCUUCUUUGCUGCUUAUGAUGAAAUCAUAGUUUUAUUCGAUAUUUUUGUACAAGAAAAUGAUAGAAAUCUUGGUCUAAAAGUGUCUCUAGUUUCAAGGGGGUAUGAACCAGAAAUAGGUUCCAUAGUUAAUAUUGAAGCAAUGUGUUUAUGGGAGGAUGUUGCAUCUGGUGGGUUGGAUGCAUGUGUUGGUGCUGUCAAUCCAAUCAGCAGUAAAGGUCAUGAUAUAAUAGAGUCUAUUUUUGAGGAAUUGGAUCGGUAUGAUGUGGAAGAUCAAAUGUUUCAAAGGUGUGGUAGUAUUCAGGGUGUUGUUUGA